GUUCCUCAUUGGAUACGUCAGACAGGAUAUUUGCUCCUCGAUCGGGUUCACAGCGGCCAUUGCAUGUCGCGUUUGGUGGCCCGGGUGUACCAGCCUCCGGAUGGAAAUCAGAUACUGUCGGCUCCGGAUUGGUCUUGUUUUAUCCCAGACCGGCACCAAAAGAUCAGCAAGAUAUUCAACCGGUUUUGCGGUUAUCCGGGACACAAUUUGGCAGUCGUUUUGGUCAUUCCUUAAUUCUAAUCGAUAUCAACGGGGACGGAUGGGAUGAUCUGAUUGUUGGUGCCCCAUAUCACUAUCUGAAGGCGGAAGAAGGUCGUCAACCGAACUACGGAGCAGUGUUUGUAUUUCUUAAUCAACAGGCUCAUUUUUCACAACCGGUAGACGACCAAGCGUCUAGGAAACCGUUCUCUUACGAGCCAGAUAAUGCACAUCAAAUUUUGAUUCCAACAGAAGAUGAGCACCAGUGUAAAGUCUCUUCACUGUCCGGGUUUGGAGCCGCUUUAACCGCGUUGGGGGACAUCAAUCGCGAUGGAUAUGAAGACUUUGCGGUGGGCGCACCCUAUGGAGAGAAUGGUGGUGUGGUCUACAUCUAUCACGGUUCAAAAUCUGGUCGUAUUGAACACCCGACGCAGAUUAUUUGCCCGGAACUAAUUCAAACUACGCAAAAACUCGAGGGACUUGGAUUUGCUGUAGGCCUGAACGGCUUGGAUUUGGACGAGAACAGUUAUCCGGAUGUGGCUAUCGGUGCACCAAUGUCUGAUACGGUGAUAGUGUUGCGUGCUAGACCGAUUGUCAAAUUCCAAACACACAUCGUUCUCAUGGACGGUUCGACCGAACUACCCACCGAUAUGGAGCAGCUGCCCGAAUGCAAGCAAGAGAGUCAGAUGCUGCCGGGAUAUCAUGCGACCAAGGUGCGAUGCACGGACGCUCGAGUGUUUGUCACAUACACAAGUAUCGAUGGCCUAUCAUGCCAACCUGGCAAAGAGUACAAAGUUGAUCUCAUACUCAAAUCCGAGCCAGUGGAAGCAUGGCUCAAUGAAAAAUGGGGUGAUGAUCAAGAGAUCAUAGCCGAACGUAAAAAGCGUGACAUCAUCAUGUGUGGCGGUCGUCCAGUGUCCAAUUCGGGAGAAACGAAUGGCAAUGGAACUAAGCGUACCGUGUAUCAGAAAUACACCAUUCCACCGAUCACAUUUUCCGGCGAACGCCCUGUGACAGAAUUCGGAGCUGAAGCGGACAGAUUCUUUCGUACUAAUCGAUCGGUUUGGCAAUCCGGACUGGCUAGUCCAGGGGGAUAUCUACCAUUGACCUUGUCAGCCACGUGUCGUGAGCAAGCUGAUUCUCGAUCAAUGUCUCGCGCUGAAUUGGCCAAUGCAAAGCAGAUACGGCUUUUGUUCCGACUAACUUUUAAAAAUCCCUGCUUUGGUCGAACCUGUUGUCCGCGGAUCAAAGUUGAUUACGACAUUAAAGUCACGCGGGACAAAAAUGGCCCGGUCGUGCAUAUCGGUGAUGACAAAGCCCAAACAAUCGAGAUACAGGCAAUUGUGACCAACGUGGGUGAGGACCCGGCCUAUAUGGUCAACCUGAUCAGCAGUUUCCCGUCAACGCUAUUGGAGCUGGACGUGAGUCACGUGUGUGUGCCUGCGUGCGUGCUUUUCUGUGCACACACUUGUACGUGCGCAUGUGUGUGUGCGUGCGUGCGUGCGUAA